GACUCUUUCACUUACGUCAAAAGAAUUUACGGCACUGCUAGCGGCCGUGGUUGCUGUGGAGAGGCUCUCCGUGUCCCUCUGCAGCACCAGUCUCACCGCCCCGCCGAGUCGUGGGCCUGCCGGCGGGUGAGAGGGCCGCAGGAGGGUCGCCGCUUCCCCGGGGGGCGGUUGAGGUUACAUCCAGCAAACUCUACUUCUCAAAUCAUGGAGGCAGAACAGAUUAUGGAGGGACAGCCACAGGUUCCAGAAAAUCCCCAUUCUGAAUACGGCCUCACUGAAAACGUAGAGAGGAUAGUAGAAAAUGAGAAAAUAAAUGCAGAGAAAACAUCAAAGCAGAAAGUGGAUCUUCAGUCAUUACCCACACGUGCCUACUUGGAUCAGACAGUUGUACCUAUCUUGCUACAGGGACUUGCUGUUCUUGCAAAAGAAAGACCGCCAAAUCCCAUUGAAUUUCUAGCAGCAUAUCUUUUAAAAAACAAGUCACAAUUUGAGGACCGAAAUUAACUCCGUAAAAAUGAGGACGGUUUGGCUGCUAGACUGAAAUGCUCAUUUGCCGUCAUUUGUUUUCUGCUGUAAAAAUCCUUCGGAACCAUGAUGUUGUCUUUCUUAAUCGCAUAGUUUGCUUUACAUUUUGAGUUAUUUAAUAAAGAAGACUUUACAUUUAAUUUGUUCACUUGUUUUAAACUAGCUGUUAAAGAGACUUUCAAAAUAAAAGUACUGAAACUCCA